CAGGAAGUAUUGCAGACACUUCUCAAAAAACACCACCAGCACUGUUAUCUGAAAGAAGAUUGAUGUGAAGAUGCAUGGGCAGAGUCACAUCUUCCUGCUCACCUACAUGGUGGCUGUUGCAAUCCCUGUCUCUGUGGCUUUCAACAUUGAUGUGACAGAUCCUCAUGUCUAUACUGGAGAACAAAAAGAUUUCUUUGGUUACAAAGUGCUUCAAUUCAUAUCUGGCAAAAGCAAAGGGAUAAUUGUUACUGCACCUCUGCGCUUUAAUGGAUCUGGGGGAAUAUGCAAACUUGACCGAGACCAAACCCACAACUGCUUUGAACCUGGAGAAAGUCCUCUCAAAAAUUCCACAAUACAAGUCAAGCACCUUGGCCUGUCUAUAGCUGAAGACUCCAGACGCUCCCAAUUCACUGUUUGCAGUCCAAGUGUAGCCCAUGAAUGCAAUGAGAACUCCUAUGUGAACAGUGUGUGUUACAAGAUGACGGAUGACCUUAAGCAGCUCUCCUCUUUCACACCUAAUUUUCAAGUUUGCGCAAUCUUUCAAAUGGAAGGCUCCAAAGUGGCUCGGUCAGAAAACCUUACUAAUGAAAUGUCACAGAGUGGAUUCAGUGCUGCCUUCUACAAGGAUACCUUGAUUCUGGGUUCAGUGCUGUCAAACAGCUGGCAUGGUUCUCUCCAAGUGAUUCAAGGAAACAUCCAAACACAAAUUGAAGAUCCACAGAUGCAUAAAGACUCUUAUAUGGGAUUCUCCAUUUCUGUUGGAGAGAAGAAUAAAGCUCCUCUAUAUUUCACGGGUGCACCAAGAUUUGAGCACACAGGACAGGUCGUACUUUUCAGACAUGAUUGUAAGAACUGGAUCGCAGCCCAAAGAGUAAAUGGGGACCAGGGGGCUGUGUACAUCUACCUUGGUGACAGACAGAGAGGGAUACGCAGCACUUUCAGCCAGAGAAUUCUGGGACAGAAAAUAAAGCCUGGGCUCAGAUUCUUUGGACAGGCCAUUGAUGAGGACCUCGACCUCGGAGAGGACGGACUCCCAAAUAUUGUGAUCGGAUCACAGGGCACAGCUGUUGUCUUAAGGUCCAGACCUGUUGUUAAUGUCAUGGCUCAUCUUUCUUUUCAACCUGAGGAGAUAAGCACUGAGGAAAUUGAUUGUCUGGGCAGCACAGAUGACAAUCUACCAAUGGUUACCUUAACAGCAUGCUUUGAAAUGGUAGAAAUAACAAAGAGCAAAGCAGGGGCAAUGAGCUCCGGACUAACCAUCCGAUAUGUGCUUGACGUGGAUCCGAUGAGACAAACACAUCGAGGUUUCUUCAGUCAGACUGAUGAGAAAGCUAGGAAUCUUACCUCAACCUACACGCUAAGAGAUAAAGACACCUGCUUCUCCUACUCCAUCUACAUGCCAAAAUGUGUGAAAGACACACUAUCACCUAUCAGAAUCAAAUCAAAUUUUUCUCAAGUUGACAGCAAGAAUAUAAGCACCGUCCUGAAUGUGGACAGCAAAAAGCAGGCUGUUGUUGAGAUUCCCUUUGAAAAGCAUUGCAGAAAAAAUGACACCUGUAUUGCUGAACUUGAGGUGGAUUUCAUCUUAAUGACCCAGACAUUAUUGGUGGCAGAAGAUAACUACUUCAACCUGUCUAUAAAACUGUCGAAUCAUGGUGAUGACUCGUACAACACCAGCCUUUCAAUGCACUAUCCUCCAGGACUCUCCUUCUCUAUGAUGACUGUUACAGAGGCGACAAGAUCAACACCCCACAGCUGUAAUGGUCUAGAAGGAGUCCUCGACAAAACUAUAUGUGGUAUCAGCCUUCCUGUGUAUCGCAGCAGAUCAGUUGCAACAUUUAAAACUUCUUUCCACAUCAUGACUGAGAGAGAGUGGAAUGACACUGUUUUGAUCACCAUUACUGGAAAAAGUGAUAAUGCAAACUCCACCAGCACCAAUUCCCUGACCAAAAGCAUCCCAGUACAAUUUGCAAUUAAAAUGGUAGUAACAGUGAAAGAAGACACCACCACCUAUCUGAACUUCACAACAGAGGAUACUGCACCUAAGAAAUUGGUUGCUAUAUAUGAGAUAUCUAAUCCUGGUUGGAAGUCUUUUCCUGUGAAUGUGUCCCUAAUCUUCCCAGCUAAACUGGAACAUAACUUUGAAAUCGAGAACUCUCAAGUCUUUGUCAAGGAGAACAAAACUCAAUGCACAGGCAUGAUUGACACGAAGUCUGAACACUGCUCACCAGAUACACACUGCAAAAGCAUAGUUUGUAACAGUUUCAUCCUGGACAAAGAAUCAGCAACUGAGUUUCGAUUGUCAGGAGAUGUACAAUUUAAGGAUCUCAAACAUCACGCAGAGAAUAUUGCCUUUUUUAAACGAUAUACUGGAGACAGUGCAGAUGUUAAAUUUAAAAGCUUUAUGCAAGUUAGGUAUGACAAUCAACGAUACGUGCUGGAUUCUCAUAAACAAGAGGAGAAACCUGCUGCCAUGAGGAAAGACAACAAUCCAGUAAUGAAAUCGGUAGAAGUUCGAGUUGAGUUUGUAAUACCCCCGGAUAAACUGCUGAUCAUUUUAACUGGUGUUGUAUUGGGACUGUUGCUUCUGAUCAUAAUCACAAUCAUCAUGUUUAAGUUGGGUUGCUUUAAGAGGAAAACGCUUGAGUAUUAUCAAGAACAGGAGGAGGAAGCUGCUACUCAGGCUGACACCCCUACUGAGAUAACCCCUACCCCCACCAACGGGACAGUCAACCAGUCAGAGGCUGCCAGCAAACCUGACCAACCUGCAGAGGAGACAAAGCUUCUUGAGGAGGAUGAGGAAAAUGCCCCAACCCAGUCAGCUGAUGUUUAAGUAGAGUAAAAUAUGAACCUUCCAUUAUCAACGUGGGUGGACGUAUCAUGCUCCAGUUAUAAAGCAUGCAAACCACACUGGAAGUCAUUAUUAAUGAGUGACAUUGUUGAAGGAAUAGUUUAGACAUGUUCGCUUCCUUGCUAAUAGUUACAUGACAAGAUUUAUACUAUGGCUGUUAAAUAUGAAACCGGAGCCAGGAGAUGAUUAGCUUAGCAUAAAGACUGGAAACAAUGCCUGCUAGCUUGGCUCUCUCCAAAGCUAAUGCACCUGGCAGCAGCUCUAAAGCUCACUCUAUAUUACACUGUUUGUUUAAUGCCAUGAUACUCAACUUAAUGUCCGAAUUUACCUUUGUUUUGCCACCUCCUACCAAUCCUAAACCACUGUGUUUAAUUUUCCAAAUCACAAUUGCUGUAUACAAGCUUGAAAAACAUGCUAGCUUCAGUGCAGUAUAAGCCUGGUAGCACCGCAAGAAAAGAGAUGAUCCUAAUGUUUAUUCCUGCUCCUUUUCCUCUGAUAAAUAUUGUUAAUGAAUUAUUUGUUUAUAAAUUGGCCCCUGUCCUCCUGUCACUUUUCAAAAGUGGGCCCCAGGCAAGGCAAGUUGAGUUAAAUUAGUACAAAAAUCAAAACCCAAAACCAAAGUGUAAUUUUUUUUGUUUUGAAUGUCUAUUUUCAGCAGAUUUUUAAGGCAGGCUAGCCAUUUCCCUUCUUUAUGCUAAGCUAAGCUAAUUGUCUCUUAGCUCAAGAUUCAUAUCAACUGGUCAUUGACCAGAAGACAGUUGACAACUAGCGAAAGAUGCUAUUCAGAUCAGCCAGCAGAGACUUAACAGGGACAGGGUUUAAAGUCUCCCCUCCAUAUACGACAACCUGUUAACAGGUUGGUCAGGCGAUGACAAGCACAAACUCCAUGUGCUAAGGAAGACAGUGAAAGCGGAGUCAUGAUUAAUAUAUAUUAAUAUAGAUAAAGAAUAUGUAUAUUGUAAUAUAGGCUACUGUACAUUACUGUUUGACAGUCUUUAGGUAUUUCUGAUUCUCUUCUGCACAGCAUUUGUUGAGCAAGAAGUUCAGAUUGCUCUUAUAUUAUAGCUGACUGCUUUUUAACUGUUUUAUUAUUAUCAUUUGAACAAAUGCAGUGGCACAUUUGAUGCAUUGUUUAUUCAUCGUGCAAAAUAGUAUCUUUGUAAGCAGCAGUGAGUGGUGACACAUACAAUAUAGAAGCACAGAACUGUAAGUCAUGGCUAAAGAAUGACUGGAUGUUAAAAAUCACUGAGUUUGUCCUGAAAGGGAUCAGCUCUAGCAGCUUUUCGUUUCUCUUAAUUGCAAGAGUGCAAGCGUUUACAAAAAAAUGUGUUUGUUAUCCACAUAUUUAAUCCAUUUAUUCCACAGUAUUAAACAUUCAUGUUCAUGAUAUAUUGUAUAAAUUAUUAUUUCCUUUUUUUAAAAAUGUUGUUAUGUUGUUUAAACGUUUGACUUUGAGUUGUUAAAUGACGGUGGAGGAGGUUUUAACCAGUCCCUGGUUAUCGGUUUCAUAAUCGCAAUCCUAAGUAUCCUGUAUAAGUUCUCCCAUUCUUGAGUUCACAUACUGGUAUGUUUAAAAUAAUACAUUACAGUUCAAAUAUGUGUUUAAUUUGGAACAUUUUCAUAAUAGAGGUAAAUGUUGUUUGUAUUUUUGGCUUGAUGAAGAAUCUUAUGUAUAUUUUCCAUGAAUACUCCUCUAAUACCUAUAUAAUACCAUAAUAUAGAAUUUGUUUUAUGUAUGACUUUAUAUGUGUUUUUCUAGUCUUCUUCUUUUAACUGUUCACCUAGUUCUAAGUUCCACUUAAUUACAUCAGGUAUCUCAAUAUUAUCUUCUAGUUUUUUACGUACACUUUUGUUGUAUGUUGUCCAUAUUGUAAUUUCAUCAUAAAUCUUGUUUCUAAAA